CCUUGAGCGGCGACGCCAAGCUGCCCCACAUUCUGCACCUUUAAUCCGUAGAGUACUACUUCACAAUCUAGUCUUCAAUGUUACUUGACCAGCUCGCCUUCCGCCGCCAUCGACCACUAUGUCCUCAUCAUCUAUAGCCCUCCCCGGCCACAACCUCGGACCAAUAGCCUCCAACAACGUCGGUCCUGGCACGCACAUCCACUGCUCCCAUCUCUUCGCCAGCAUCGCCGGCAGCGUCAUCACCACUCCGCCCCCGCCGAAAUCAAAAGCAGCCCCUACCGUCUCGAUUGCUCAGCCUCCUCUGCUGCCAGAAGUAGGAACACUAGUGCUAGGCCGCAUCACGCGCACCAACCCGCGACAAGCGAACCUUUCAAUUUUAGCGCUUUACCCUUCCGCCUCCGCCGCCACUACUGACCCGGUUCCCCUGGCGGAGCCUUUCUCAGCCAUCAUUCGCCAACAGGACAUCCGCCUUACCGAGAUCGACAAAGUCAAAGUCGCCGAAAGUUUCAGAGUGGGAGACAUUGUCCGCGCGGUGGUGAUUAGUUUGGGAGACGAGAGGAGUUACUACGCCAGUACGGCGAAGAACGAGUUGGGUGUGGUGAUGGCGUGGAGUGAGGCGAGUGGGGAGGCGAUGUGGCCCGUUAGUUGGAGGGAGUUUGAGGAUCCGUCUACGGGAGUGAGAGAGGCGAGGAAAGUCGCUAAGCCGGUUUGAAGGAUGGAGGGAGAGUGCAUGAAAGCACUCUAACUCCCUUGCACUCGAACAUCAUUGGGCCCAACACGCAGAUAUCCCCCCCGGGACAUUCCAUCAUGCCACAUAGAAACAGCAGCUUU